AUGCGCGCUAGUGAUGCAAAUACUGUGUAUUUUUCUAUAUCUUCAUCUUAUAGCCUUCCCUAUUCCUGUUCCUUUAGCUAUUUUUGUCCGGAUGCAAGAAGACCAAGCAGUUAUGAAAAGCAGCUGAUAUUGGAGAGCAGAUGGCAAGCUUACACAGUUCCAGAGGAAUUGCUUCAAGGUAAGAACUGGUGGUCGAAAGAUUUCACAAUAGGUUGCAAGAUGUUCCAUUUGCUUGUUCUCGCUUUGGUUGUAGCCGUUGCAACGGCACAAGAUCCGGCUAACUGCAGAUGUGGCGCCUUCAUCACUCUUGACUCCGUCGAGAAGUUGCUUUACGAGCUCCCUCCCGUCGACGUGGGCAGCUGUGACCAGCACGCCCAGUGCCGCAACCGUUGCUUCAAGGAGUUCGAGGAGCUGUCUGGAGGAGGAGACCUGGACUUCAUUACCUCCGACGGUGUGACGCCCGUCGGACAGAUCUUGUGCACGGCAUCCGCAAAGCCAGUCCAUAACGAAUAUGUGUACGCCUAUUCGGAGCUCUGCGACGGCCCCUGGGAAUGGACAGGUGACCAGACCAUGCAGCCUCUGUGCUGCAGCAAGGAUCAUGAGUACCAUCCUUGCCCCGAGUAGGGAGCGCGCGAGAGGCAAGCCAGCUCCACAUGGCCGACGUUCUAGUGCUAUCUGAAGACUGCUUUGAUAUCUAUCUUUUUGAAUAAACUAAGAAGCAUUA